UUUACUUUCAUUCCAUCCUGAAUGCAAAACCAGUGAAAUCUUAAAAGCAAAAAUACAUAAUUUUGUUAAAGUCUGCACUAAAGGAAAGCUGAGCCUUUGGCCUUGAUUCCUGCUGAUCUCCAGGUUAUUGGCAAGGAUGCACAAUUGCCUGAUAACCUUGAUUGUCACACAGGUCGAUGGCAUUGCUGUGACUCAGGGGCCAUAAAGCUCCAUUCCCGAGGGGUGUGGGCCAGGUGGGCUGAGAGCUGGGGCUGGUCUAUAAAGGCAGGGCUCAGCCCCGCUGCUCCAUCCUGCUCUGGCCAGCUGCUGUUCUGCUUCCCAGGCUCAUCCCAGGGGAACAAUGGCAUUCUCAGGCAAAUACGAGUUCGAGGGUGAUGAGAACUACGAUGCCUUUGUGCAGAAGAUUGGUCUCCCCAGUGACAAGGCUGAAAUGGGAAGGAACUGCAAGAUUGUGACCGAGGUGGUGCAGAACGGGAAUGACUUCACGUGGACACAGCACUUCCCGGGAGGCCGCACCACCACCAACACCUUCACCGUGGGCAAGGAGGCAGACAUGGAGACCAUGGGAGGGAAGAAGUUCAAGGUAAAUUCAUGGAGCUCUUCAUGUCCCCAGCCUCAGGUGGAUUUGGAUUUAGGGUGAAAAGCAAACCUGAGUCAGGCCUAGUGAAGGUGUCCCUGUCCAUGGCAGGGGGUGGAACAUGAGGGGCUCUAAGGCCCUUUCCAACCCAGACCAUCCUGGGGUUCCCUGAGUCCAUCAUCACUGAUUCCUGGGCUGCUGCCAGGACCAUUUUCAGAGCUGUUAAUGAGUGAUGUGCAGAUCUGGAACCUGCAGGAAUUGGAAAAUGAAUAAGUGUCUGUUUAACCUGAGAACAUUCAAGAACUAAAGCCCACGGAUUUCAGCCCUGUGCAACACACAACCUCUGUCUCAUAAACUUCCAGCACCAGGUGUGCAGGUGUUUACAGAAUCUGGCAACAGAAAUUCCAGCAAACCCAGCAACAUGAACCCCUUUCUCUCCUACAGGCAACUGUCAAAAUGGAAGAUGGGAAACUUGUAGCUGAUUUCCCCAACUACCGCCACACUGCAGAGAUCUGUGGGGGGAAGCUGGUAGAGGUGAGUGCUCAAAGAUCCAGAGUAGUUCAUAAAAAAUAAAGAGAAUCCCCAGCAUUUGAAAUUUAGGAAAAAAUCUUAAGCAAAGGAGAGGUCCUGAGCCAACCCCAGGGCUGUUCCCCUGGGACUCUGGGGCUCUGAUUACACUGCUCAACCAAAUUUUUGGGUUGUUCUUUGUUCCAGAUUUCUACUUCUUCUGGUGUAGUCUACAAAAGGACCAGCAAGAAGAUUGCCUAAGGCAGCAAGGCCAG